UAAUAUAGAGGAAAAACAUCUCUUAAACCCCACAUAUAUAUAGAGAGGGAAAACAUCUCUUAAACCCCAACAAAAUAAAACGACCAAAAAGCCUCCCUCUUUCCUCCUCUCCAAACUUUCUAACAAAAGAAUUCCUGCAAGAAAAGAAUACUUCCCUUCUUGUUACCAUUCUUGAUCUUCAAGAUGUUGAUGAUGGCAGGUCGCGGAGGAGCCACCAAGUUGGCGAGUUCCAUGAUGUUGGUUGCACGUUGUUUCUCAACAGCCACCGCCCGUGGGAUGUUAGUCAAAGAGGCUGUCCAUGCUAAAGCGAUGGGGUUUCAUGGGGAUGUUGUGCGUGGGAAUGUUGGUGAAUUUUUGGUUCGGGGUUCGGUGUUUGGUUUGAGGCAUGGGAGUACUGCGAGUUUUAGUGAGAAGGAUCAGCAACAGAAUGUUCAGCUGGUCGCGGAGGGUGGUGGUGGUGAUAAAGAGGAGAAGAAGGAGAGUACUGUUAGUUACUGGGGUGUUCCUCCUAGUAGGGUUACUAAAGAGGAUGGAACUGAGUGGAAGUGGAAUUCUUUUAGACCAUGGGAGACAUAUUCUGCUGAUUUAUCAAUUAAUCUGACGAAGCAUCAUGCCCCAGUCACUUUAUUGGACAGAAUGGCUUAUUGGACUGUCAAGUCUCUCAGAUGGCCCACUGAUUUGUUCUUUCAGAGAAGGUAUGGCUGCCGCGCAAUGAUGUUGGAGACUGUGGCAGCAGUGCCAGGAAUGGUAGGUGGCAUGCUGCUGCACUGCAGGUCCUUGAGGCGAUUUGAGCACAGUGGAGGAUGGAUCAAAGCAUUACUUGAAGAAGCUGAAAAUGAGCGAAUGCAUCUCAUGACAUUCAUGGAGGUGUCAAAUCCCAGGUGGUAUGAGCGUGCUCUAGUGUUUACUGUCCAAGGUGUUUUCUUCAAUGCUUACUUCCUUGGCUACCUCAUCUCCCCGAAAUUCGCUCAUCGCAUGGUGGGGUAUCUCGAGGAGGAAGCUAUUCACUCUUACACCGAGUUCCUGAAGGAGUUGGACAAAGGCAACAUUAAGAAUGUUCCUGCUCCUGCCAUUGCUAUUGAUUACUGGCGCUUGCCUCCUAACUCCACCCUCCGCGAUGUUGUUGUGGCUGUUAGAGCUGAUGAAGCACAUCACCGCGAUGUGAAUCACUUCGCAUCGGACAUACACUAUCAAGGACGCGAACUGAAGGAAGCUCCUGCUCCUAUCGGUUACCACUAAAAUGCUUGCUAGUUGCCACUACCAGGAGAGUGGAGACAGUCUGAAACUUUUAACUAUAAAACUGUGUACAGAAAAGUGAAGUUCUCUGAGUGAUUUAAUAAAAGUUGAGAGUGGGUAUGGUUACGGACUAUUGCUGUCCUGUUCUAUUCUGCUGUGAAAUUUUACGGACUAUUGCUGUCCUGUUCAAUUCUGCUAUGAAAUUUAUGUUGUAAGUAACUUUGUUGACUACUUGAAUUCAAUGUAAGCCUACUUCCUUGUAAA